CCCUAAAAAGACCAAAAAAAAAACCCCCAAAAAACCAAAAAACAAAACAAAACAAAAAACCCAAAGUAAAAUAUACUAAAUGAAGACUAUUUUGAAAAGGGUGAAAAUCAUUGGUUAAGAUUUUGGUUGGGGGCUUACCUUCCACACUGUUUUGUGGGCACUCACAUGCCUUUCUCAUGCUUUGAGUGAGUUUAUAAGGGGACCACAAGUCUUGUUUCUUUAUACAACACCUCCUUUUAUAUAUUAUUUCUUAUUAAGAUUUUUUAGUUGAAGUGUAGUUGAUUUACAAUGUUGUGUUAAUUUCUGCUCUAUGGGAAAGUGAUUCAGUUAUGCAUAUAUUUAUGCAUACUCUUUUUAAAAAGCAUUCUUUUCCGUUACAGUUUAUCCCAGGACACUGACCAUAGAUAGCUCUCUGUGCUCUACUAGGAUCUUGCUGAUGAACCCGUCUGUGUGUAAUAGCUUACAUCUGCUAACCCAGCCUCCUGCCCCACUUGUUUUCUAACAGCUUUUCGGAGUUGGCUUUGUUUCCUCUUUCCUGCUGGCUGUGUGUUCCUCCUUGGGCUCUUUCUCAUCCCACUGUUCUCCACCGGAAACCUUCCCUUCCCAGGGGCUGUCCACAAAACCUUUUCUGAAAAUUCCUGACCUCUCCUCUAAUAUCUCUGCCCCAUCCAGAAAGACAUUUUGAUCAUUUGCGUGUGUUUAAUAAUGGCGUUGUGAGGGAAGGGUCUCGUGGCCCAGUGGCGGUGGCAUCUGUCGUUUUGAUCCCUGCAGUGAGGAAGCAUAUUGUGCUGCUUUGGACUGAAAGCUGACUCCAGGCUUCAGAUCCUGGCUACGCCACUUAACACUCUCCGGCCCCUCUGUGUCUUCUUGUGCUUGUCCCUAGAGUGCGGUGAGCAGUGCUGACCUAAGAGGGUGGCGUGAGAAAUGAAGGAACUAAUGCAUGCAUGUGACCAGCACAUAGGAGGGGCCAAUCUUUCGGCAGCCCAGCGGAAGUUUGCUCAUUCACUCAGAGACUUCAAAUUUGAGUUUAUUGGUGAUGCAGAGACUGAUGAUGAACGCUGCAUAGAUGCUUCCUUACGGGAAUUUUCAAACUUUUUGAAGAAUCUGGAAGAACAAAGAGAAAUUAUGGCAUUAAGUGUAACCGAGACCCUGAUUAAACCCUUGGAAAAAUUCAGGAAAGAGCAACUUGGAGCCGUAAAGGAAGAAAAAAAGAAGUUUGACAAAGAGACGGAAAAGAACUAUAGCCUAAUUGAUAAACAUUUGAAUUUAUCAGCGAAAAAGAAAGACUCCCAUUUACAAGAGGCAGAUAUCCAAGUGGAACAGAACCGGCAGCACUUUUAUGAACUGUCUCUUGAAUAUGUGUGUAAGCUUCAGGAAAUCCAAGAGAGGAAGAAGUUUGAGUUUGUGGAACCUAUGCUGUCAUUUUUCCAGGGAAUGUUUACUUUCUAUCAUCAGGGCCAUGAACUUGCCAAAGACUUUAAUCACUACAAAAUGGAACUACAGAUCAACAUUCAGAAUACACGGAAUCGUUUUGAAGGAACAAGGUCAGAAGUCGAAGAGCUUAUGAACAAAAUUAGACAAAAUCCCAAGGACCAUAAAAGAGCAAGUCAGUUCACAGCGGAAGGCUACUUGUACAUACAGGAAAAAAGGCCUCCCCCGUUUGGUUCCAGCUGGGUCAAACACUACUGCAUGUAUCGGAAAGCGGCCAAGAAGCUUAAUAUCAUCCCGUUUGAGCACAGAUCUGGGGGGAAACUUGGGGAUGGAGAAGUGUUCUUCUUGAAAGAAUGUACCAGAAGGCACGCUGACUCCAUUGACAGAAGAUUUUGUUUCGAUGUAGAAACAGCAGACCGGCCUGGCGUUUCCUUGACCAUGCAGGCAUUUUCCGAAGAGGAGAGGAAGCAGUGGUUGGAAGCUCUGGGUGGAAAAGAAGCUCUGUUCCAUAGUUUUAAUAGAGCCAUCGUCCCAAGACCAGAAGGAAGUGCACAGUUGGAUAAGAUGGGAUUCACAAUUCUUAGAAAAUGCAUCAGUGCAGUUGAAACACGAGGUAUAAACGACCAAGGAUUGUACAGAGUUGUGGGGGUGAGUUCAAAGGUCCAGAGACUUCUGAGUAUGUUGAUGGACGUGAAAACCUGCAAUGAGGUGGACCUGGAGAAUUCCCCAGACUGGGAGGUGAAAACCAUCACAAGUGCCCUGAAGCAGUAUUUGAGGAGUCUUCCAGAGCCCCUUAUGACCUAUGAGUUACAUGGAGAUUUCAUUGUUCCAGCCAAAAGUGGCAGCCCAGAAUCUCGUGUUAACGCCAUCCAUUUCUUGGUACACAAACUGCCAGAGAAAAAUAAGGAGAUGUUGGACAUCUUGGUGAAACACUUAACUAAUGUUUCAAAUCACUCCAAGCAGAACCUCAUGACUGUGGCAAACUUAGGAGUGGUGUUUGGACCGACUCUGAUGAGGCCACAGGAAGAAACUGUCGCUGCCAUCAUGGAUUUGAAGUUUCAGAAUAUUGUCGUGGAAAUUUUAAUUGAAAACCAUGAAAAGAUUUUUAGGACCCUGCCUGAUGCGACCUUGCCUGAGCCAGUCUCCCUGUCAACAUCACCCCCAAAUGCUCCACCAAGGCAAUCGAAGAGGCAGGGCCAGAGGACAAAGAGACCCGUGGCUGUGUAUAACCUUUGCCUUGAACUGGAAGAUGUUGACAAUGCCAGGCUUCCUAAGGAGGACACCCCUCCCAGCAGCCUGGACUCACUUUCCUCCCCAUCUUCCACGGCUGCCGCUGCGCAUGGGCCCCCUGGACCAGACAGAAACCACCUUCUCACGGAUGGGGGCAGCUUUGAGGACUGGCCAUCCACUGUCCCAAGCCAGGCCCGGCCAUCCACGGUCCAGUGGCUUAACCCUCAGUCUCCAACCACGCCGAGCUGCAACCCAGCUCUGACACCGCCUUCACCCAAGCUGUCGCCUUUCCCACUCUCUCUUCCUGCCACCAUAGUGGACAAGCCACCAGAAAGCGUCAUCAACCGGAAGGCACGCGCGGUGUACCCCUGUGAAGCAGAACACAGCUCGGAGUUGUCUUUCGAAAUAGGAGCAAUCUUUGAGGAUGUGCAAACCUCGAGGGAGCCUGGCUGGCUCGAAGGCACUUUGAAUGGCAAGAGGGGUCUGAUUCCACAGAAUUACGUCAAGUUGCUGUAGCGCUGGCCCCUGGCGGCCCCACGCAGACCCUGGCCGGGGUCCGGGAGCACCGUCUGCCUGGGGCAGAACCCACAGCCGCCUGCCAGGACAGACCAGGAGGACGGACAGAUCACCGAUUGGCACUCCAGGAGGGGGAGGGGGACUUACUGCUAGAGGUGGGGGGAGGGGGGCGCACGGCUCGGACCUGCGUAGGGCGGUGCUGCGGGAGGAGGGCAUCUGGAUGGACAGAAGACACCUUUCACCUGUCAGGCCUUGGGACUUGGAACUUUUAAUUAUCUGGUUUAUAGAGCAAGAAGGAGGGCAGCCCUGCCUCCCUGAUCGGAAAGGCAAUUGUGCUUUUCAGAUGUGUCCUUGGCUCUGGAGGGGCCGCUGCGGGCGUGCGCGACUGCACUGGCCUAAACCUUGAGGGCCGCAGGCAGAGGCUCCUUACCUGGGGCCGGGGGUGGAGGGAGGGAGCGCCCUGGGGACCCCAAGCUCACUGGACUCUGGGCACCAGCGGAUUCACGGCCGGCUUCUCCAUGCUGCUCACAGUGCACUGUUAGCACACACUGCCUUUCUGCCCCAAGUUCUCUGUACAUGAAAUAAAAUACGAUUUACUCUUGG